CCCUCCCUCCAUCUGGAUCACUCCAUCUGUGAGCUCAGUGGCAGUGUAUCUCUCUGUCGUAACGGGCAGCUUCAUUCUCUGUUGCAGGAUGUCGGGCCCUCGCACCAGCUCCGUACUGCUUCUCAUCUGCGUGGCUUUCCUCCAGAGUUCCCUGCUGGAGUCCAAGCCUCUCUCUGCCAUGCAUGGGGGCGGAGCUGCACGCCUCCGUCGUGACCUGCGUGAUGCGUUGCCUUAUGAGGCUCAGAUGAUGUCAUACCCUCCUGCUGGAUUGAAUGGGCGGGGCAACGAUCUGUACUAUCAGCCAGAGGCCUUGCGAGCACAGGGGCUGGGCCACGCCCUACAUCGCCUGGAGAACGAUCAGAGGCAGGAGCAGGAGGCAGCCUACUUGGCAGGUAUACUGCGCCUCCUGAGCGAGGCUGAGAAUAACGCCCAAGCCAGACCAGAGGAAGAUGAAGAACAGGUGGAAGGUGACUUCCAGGAAUCAUACCCACCAGACUAUGAUGAGACAGAGCAGACAGUGAGCAUGGCAAAACCCCAGGCACUGCUGGACCCCCAGCUCACUGAGGCUCUGCUCAGCCGAUACAGGCAGGAGCGGAUGCUGCAGGCAGGGCAGGACCAAGACCAGGAGAUGCUUCGGAUGCUGGUGGAGAAGGUCCUCUCAAGCCUGGUGUCUCCAAAUCAGCUGAAUCCAUCCAACCGCCGAGGCAAAUGGGAAGUGGCAGCAGCAGCCAGCAUCGGACGUGACAGAGCGACACCUCUGAGACGAGCUAGGCGCUCUCUAGACUCCUCCGCCGCCUCCUCCCCCGAUGCCGAGGCCUCGCUUAUGCGGGUCAAGCGAGUGGGCGAUGAAGACCAUGAUGAUUUUGCUGGUCAGAACAACCGGUCACCUCAUGCUGGCCUGCAGAGGAUGAAGCGCAUCGACACAGAUCUGCCUCCACCCGCUAAGCACAGCCGCAAACGCCGCUCGGUGACCUACGACCCUGAGCUCAUCGCUCAGCACAUCAUUCAGUACCUAAGAAAGUGAGAGAGAGAGAGAGAGAGAGAGAGAGAGAGAAAGAGGGAGAGAGAGAGAAAGAGGGAGAUAGAAAGAUUGCAACAGUUCACAUGCAGACAGAUAUACGUGAAAACUCACUGUUAUCUGCUUAUGUCUGGCAAACCAAUGUAUCUGCUUCAGCGCUAUAAUAAAAUCGUAAACACGUUUAAUUAUCUGUUCCACAUGCUAACGCAAAUGAGCAAAUCUCAUUUUUAUAAUAUUUAUGGGUUUGCAGUAGAUGCAGUGAUACACUGGUCAGUCCUGAUAGUUAAGACGUUGGCACUGACAUCACUUGAGUUCCACUUGAGUUCCACAUGAGACCAAAAUGAUGAUUUUUCUUAAGCUCUCUUAAUCUCUUAAUCAGUAAACAGUAAAUCAGUUUGAAAAUCAUUCAAGGUGACAUCAUCAAAAUAGGUCAUUCUCAGUUAUCCUAAAGUGCUACAAACCAAAAAAGCCUUUCCAAAUUGCGAACGAGUAAUGGACCAUUAAUGGCCCAUACAUACCACUUUAUCUAGCCCACAUAAUCCUUGAGGAUUAACAGCAACAAAUUUAUGACAAUUAAGCUGCCAGGACACAGCCGUAAACAGCCCUGAUGAGCGACCAUGUUUAAAGCUGGGUCCAAAUUGCGAUUCAUUUGUCCCAUUGUUCUUUUCCUAAUGCUGUUUUUUGGUUACUUAAUAUUGAACGAUAGAUCUUUUAGUGAAAUAACCGGCCCUUAUGUUCUUAAACCAAAUCCUAUUCGGCUUGGAUUAUAUGGUUCUUUGUGAUCAACCCUCUAGCACACAGGUUCCCAUAUCCUGAUCCUGGGUAUCCAGCGAAUGUCAGUGUUUUCAGCUUAGUGGUUAAGGCAUUGGACUACUGUUUGGAAUUCAAAUCCCAGUUCUGCCGAUUCUGGGACCCUGACCCGGGUCUCUAACCAUCAACUGCUCGGUUGUAUAAAUGUAAUAAAAUAUAAGUCACUAGAGAUAACGGUGUCUGCUAAACUCCUUACAUGUAAAUGUAGUCUUACCAGUCAUUCCUGAGUUAAAGUGUGUCUUAGAGCUCAGGGGACAUUGAGAAGGUUGAGAAGGACCAGGGUUGUGAACCUGUAGACACUACUGACACUAUGGAGACACUAUAUGGUGGUUAGAGUCCUAGGUUUUCUUCAUAGCAUAUUUCAACAGAAAUAUAAAAUAAUGACAGAAGUCUAAAAUGUGUUUCUAUGUUUCUAAAAUGUGACUUCUAUCAAGCUUUUACAAGGCAGCGGUGAAUUAUUAGUAAAGGUUGUGAGUUCAAAUCCCAGAAUCACUAAUCACUAAUUCACGGUCCCUUGAAUCAGGUGCUUAACCUUUAAUUUGCUGAGUUGUAGCUUGUCUCGCUUGUAAGUCAAUUUUGAUAAAAGCAUCUACAUACUGUAUAUAAAAGGUAGCGAACAAUACCGUCGCAAUGCUCCUGGGUCUUGAGACUCUUGAGUCUCUUGUCACAGUACGCUUGAGAGUUUCAUCCAAAUGUCUAUCAGAAAACUGAUGAGGAUCGUUCUAGUUAGUCUGAAAGACUGAUGAGCUAUGAUGUAAAGUAGUACUUCAGGAACAGAGAGGGUUCAUCUGCUCAAGGGUCCAAUAGUACCGGGGAUUGAACACACAACCUUAUCGAUCAGCAUCCCAAAGCAUGACCCAGUGAGACACCAUUUCCUCAAAAUAACGUAUAAUGAAGGGAAGGAUGGAUAUGUAUAGUUGGAUGACUGUCUUUCAAGAGCAACUGGUGAUUGCAUUGAAAUAUGAACCUGUUCAGCACUGAGACUCUGAAAACACUGAUUUGCUGUUUCCAGCACUGUAAUACUGGAAAGAAUUGUCCUUAUCUAUGACCUGUACUGAGAACCUGAUCCAAUUUGCCCAGUCUGCACCAAAGAUAGCAUCACCCAGUGGCUUAUCAGCCUUAGAUAUCAAGAGUGAAAAACCGAGUGAAGUUUUUGUUGUUUUUGUUGUUGUUGUCUUUGUCUUAACAUAUAGUUGGACCAAAAAAAAAUCCAAACAUGACUAUAAAUGCCACCAAUGACCAAAAUGCUGAUUGGUGUUAUUCCAUCAUUGAGAAGUUGAAAUGGUUCAUGAAGCAAAUACUAAGACAAGACACUGUUUUCACUGCAUUUAUUGAUAAAACUGUGAGAUAUUUUAAUGUAGUAGCAGAAAAUUGUGCUUUAAUAAUGACCACAAAACACUUCGCAACGAUCACACUUUUGUAGCAUUAUAGAUAGAGCCAGACACGAGUUUAGGCACGAGGGUCACUGACAAUGUUGUCCAUUACGUUAUUGUUUAAAUAUAUCACAUUUCAAUCAACUCAAUUAAUCAGUCAAUGGGCCGAACCUUUUGUGCUAAGAAGUCAGACGCUGGCAGCGAAGCACAGAGCACCGCGUUAACACUUUGGGUCCGAUAAAUAAAAUUAGGCGUUAACUGAGCACUGUGUUGGUUCUGCCCUCUCUCGUGUUUGGACAGAGUUUGACCUGUGUGUAUUACUGAAACCUACUCUGACCGUCCUCGCUGUGGAAGAGUCGAUCGCUGUUGUUCUGCUUCCCCUUUGCUUCGCCAGUGGCUUUAGUACAUUAACGUGCCAACAAAUCGAUGACGCUGGCUGUGUUUUUACACGUCACCUCUCCUUUGGAGUUCCCUCUCUGAUUACUCUGAUAUGAGAAUAUGUGCAAGAAACUGUGUUUUCGAAUCAUAUCGAUACUUACGCUUUUACUUUCCUUGUCUGUGUGGUUAUGAAAUCUUAAUCUUAUAAAUCUUAUGCAUCUGUGAGUUUGCAGGUGAGAUUGUGAAAUAAAAAUGAGAAAAAAUAUGGAGUUAUAAUAAAAAAAAAUCGUGGAUGUCGAUGUCAAUCCCGCUUGUAUUCUUGUGAGUUUUUGUGUACUCGUCGAUGCUCGCGCUGUCGGUGAGCUGUGUCGUUAACGCAAUGUGUAAUAAACGCUGAUUGCGAUGCAUCAUGAAAA